AUGUCGUGCUCUAAAAUUACCGAGAAAGCAGGUGAAGAACCAGAGGAAGAAGAAGCUGAUGACACUUUAGUAGUAGUUGUUAAGCCUGAUGGUACAGUUGCUAUAGAUCAAGAAACAUUCAAUAGAGUUUUGGAAAGCAAAAAGGAAACCAUGAAUAUUAUCCACUUUGAGAACAGCAGUAAUAAAGGCAUAACCACAAAUCCAGAAAAUGGAGAGCCCGAAAUCAAUUUGACUGUGCAAGGUUUUUAUCCAUCUAUUUCUACCAAAACAUUCUUAUCCCAAGACAAUGAAAAUAGUGGUAUAACAGCAAAUACUAUUUAUUUGGAUCAUUGUUAUUACAAGGAUUGCCCGCCAAACAUACCAGAUACCAAAAUUUGUUCGCCUCGAAUUACACUCUCUACUGGAAUACAGCAUAUUACAAAUAAAUUAAAAAACUCAAAUAUUGUGGACGAAAUUGAAGAAAUUGAAGAGAUAACUGUUUCAGUGGAUGAGAAUAUCAAACCAGGCAUACCAUCAAAUACCGUACCCAAUAAUGCUCCAGAAAGUAAUUUACCCAACAACAAAAAGAUGCUAAACUUAAGAGUUGGAAAAAAUGAAAAACCAAGAACUAAGGGUCCUAUAUCUUUAAGAAAUACAAUAACUAAAAAGAAACCUGAUGAAAUACAAAUUAAUCAACACGGGGAUAAAGCAAGAGCUACAAAAACGGUUAAACGUCUGGGUUCCACGAAGACAUAUCAUCAAGUUCGUCCAUCAGUUCAAAUAAAAAAUAAUCGACAAAAAAAAUCUGAUGUUACUGUAGACAAAGUUCUACUGCAAGCUAAUGAAUUGAUUCGUCAGUCAAGUAUUGAACCAAAAAAAUACAUACAAAAUCAGUUGAUGUUCAAAAAGAAUAAAGAUAAAAUUGGAAUUAUUGAAAAUUCUCUAGAUUCAGCUCCACAAAAACAUGUCACUCAAUUAUUGGAUGAACCUGAAUUAUUUUCAUCUCCAGAUAUUAUUCUAGAUGAUACCAAAACAUCUAAUCAAACAGUAAAUAACGAAUUGGAUUCUAAAAUAAAUGUUAUCAAUAAAAUUGAUGAUAUAACAACUAUAGAUAACCUUAUUUCUAACACAACAAAAGAUAUAGAACAAGUUAUUGUAAAUAAAGAAGAAGCUGGAAGAGUUCGAAAACUCUCAAGUCGAAUGAAGGAUAAUCCAGUUGAAAUUACUGUAACUAAAACAGUAGAAGACAUAUUAAAUGAUAUUAGUUCCAAAAUAGCCAAUCAAACAGAAAUUAUUGAUGAGGAAAAUUUGAUUGAUGAACUAGCUGAUCUCAACGAAGACCUUAACUCUUCAAAUUUGUUGCUCCGUCUAACUCUAGUCACGAUUUGA